ACAAACAGUCUAGACAUUAUUGAACUGACACAACCCAUUGAGUUGUUUGAUAAAAUAUACAUCCUUACACUUUCAGUUACAGAUGUCUUACUUCCUGAGAAUGUUAACUCGGAACUGGAUGAGCUGUCCAAGGUUCCUAAAGUUCAUCCCAUUCACACUUAUGUGGCACUUUACAAGUUCCUCCCUCAAGAGCAAAAUGACUUAGAAUUACAUCCUGGUGACAGAGUUAUGGUGAUUGAUGACUCUAAUGAAGAUUGGUGGAAGGGAAAAUGUGGUGAUAGAGUUGGAUUAUUCCCAGCGAAUUUCGUGCAGCGAGUGCGACCAGGUGAACGUGUCUGGAAGGUGACGCAAAGUGUCUAUGGCAACAAAGAUCUGGGACACCUGACUGUUAAAGAGGCUCAGAUUUGUGUGGGUAAGAAUGAAGAAAGUGAUGGCUUUCUAAAGCUAAGCAGUGGUAAGAAGAGAGGUCUGGUCCCAACUGAUUCACUGGAGGAGAUAUAACAGCUUGUAGAGUUAAACAUAUUCAUGAACAACAACUUUUAUGAUACAGCAACAUCAUUUACCACAUAAACCUUUUGUAUUAUGUCAAAUGUAUACGCAAAUAUUAGCUGCAUUAAAGAGCUGUGAUUUGUUUAAUUUAAUUGGAUCAUCAUAACUUAUGUUUCUCUACAAUCAUGUUCAUGUUUCUUUGUUUUUUGGGAAAAUUUGUUUUUAUCUUGUUUUUCAGGGAAAGUGAUAUGUUGGUGGCAUAUAUAGUUCCUAGUGGAUAGUGGAAUAGAAAUGUAUCAACUUUUCUAUUCCACGUUCAAGUUUAAGGGUUAAUUCUAAAAAAAACCUAGAACUACUCUGCUUUCUAAACAAAAAGCGAUACAACUUUUAAAUACUAAAAAUAAAUACAUUAAUAAUGGUUUUAAUAAUGAUGAGGAAAGAAUAUUAUGAACUGGGCAAGUCUUGGUUUUGACAGUAUCUUAAGAACCUGAACCUUUACCAUGGAACAUACUAAAAGCGAACUACAAAUAAUAUUUUAAUUUUUAUAAGAUUUGUAAUGAACACAUACACCUUUCAAAGAAAGGCAAAGGGUCGGAUUUUCAUCCAUAAAACACACACACACACACACACACACACACACGUAUGAGUAUAGAUAAUUACAUACAUUAAAAUAAGCGUGUGUGUGUGUGGCAGACUGAGUUUGACAGAUUGUCUUUCAUAAGGGUAUCAAUAAGUGCCUUCGCAGCAUAGAAGACCUCUAAGCACCAGCUUUGAAACAAUUACUUGCCGGUAAGAAAGCGAGGAACACAUUUGUGCAACAUUCGAUUUUUGCCCUCUUAUAAAAGGGGUAUGUGUUCAUACAAUUACAAAUGAAAAAAAAAAAAAAAAAAAAAAAAAAAACUAUGUCUGUUCCAUAUAACAUACUGCAUACCUAUUAAAACAUUUAAAGUUAAAAUGUUCAGUAUUUUAUUACAAGGACAAGGUUGCUUGCUGUUUUAUAAGAUGUGGUUAUAGAACAUGGCUUGCUUAGCAAAACAAAUAAAUAUUAAUGGAAUUCUGCACUGACUACAGUUAUUUUAUUUUUUUUAUCAGAUCAUGCGACUACUUACUGAAUUUACAAGGGUGACUUUUGUUUUAAAGGUGGCCUUCAUUUCUUAUAAACCAAUGAAUAUAGACUGCAACCUAUUUUAAACUAUCACUGCUGUACAUCUAUUUUUGCCUGCCCUCAUUCUGACAGACAUUAUGUGUGUACGUGUGUGUAUUUAGUAAUCAGUACACUAAAGUAGGGCAGAUUUCAGAGAUGAUAAAAUGUGCCUAACAAUACAGUGCAGUAAGAUGUCCUCACAAGAACAUUAUUUAUUAACAUUUUCUUUCAGUUAUUUUUGUGUAACCCUGAUACAGGUAAGUACACACUAGGUUCGAUUGAAUAAAUAUAUACUCUGAACCCCAAUUCAACAAAACACCUUGGAAAUGUUGGAAUCAAAAACAACAAGUACUUGUAUAUGAAAAGAUAACUUGAAUUAUUUGAACAACAAAAUAAAAACAAUACAAUAACCAAGUGUGUGUAUGUGUGGUAUCAGUGUAUGUGUAUCAUGUGAUGAAUCUAGGAUCACCAGUUCUGUCCAUUCAGUUCACGUUGCUGAGCUCAGAUUAG